AUGGUUGGAGAAAAAGACAUCGAAAAUGCUUUUGAAAAGCUAAAGCGUUUCUUUAGUGGUAAAAGGUUCCAAGAUAGCUCGUGGUCAUGGAUCGUCUGUAUUUCAGCGGCCGUGUGUAAUGCAAUCAAUCUUGGUUUUACACUCAGUUUUGGAGUUUUGUUCCCGGAGUUGAUGAGGCACUUUAAUGCCACAAGAGAAAGGACAGGUAUGCUGAUGAUAAAUCUGUUUCAGUAACGGAAAGUUAUUUGCUAAACGCUGAUUUUGUCGUUAAUUCUUAUCAGAACACUGGCUUAGGCUUGAAGGCGCAUUAUGAGAUAAUCAUGUAAAUAACCAGUAUGAAUAAAACGAACAAGCUUCGGCGGAAGCGACAGGACAUUGCUUCUUUCUUUUUUCUUUCUCUCUCUUUUUUUUUAUUUUAAGAGUUACUGGAGUUGUGGCAAUGCAAACCCUUUUUCUAGUAAACCAUGUUCAAUAAAACCAAGCGCUUCAUCAAUAAAAACAUUGAUUUUUGCAAACUGUCGAAGAAGACCUGUCGUAUACGAUGAAGACGAUUGUUCCUUUUAGAAAAUAAAUUUUGUGAUCCACUGUUUGCCUAUGACUGCGGCCUUCGACAGCUUUCGUUUAAAUAACCGGCCUUAAGUUAUUUUUAAAAGCCUGAAGAGUCCUCCCCCCGCAGAGUACCAAAGAGGGAGUCUUUCAUAUAAAGCAUAGGCUUGUGGCUUUGUGCUGAUAACGAAAGAUCAAGCGAAAUUAAUUUCUGCUGUACGAGCUGCGGAUCGAAAAAAAUAAUAUGUAAAAAAACUUUUGCAUCAGUUUAGUAAAGUGAUACUGGAAAACCAGGAAUGGAGUGAGCAAAUCAACUGAAAUGAUCCGUUCAGGUUUUCUAAACAUUUAUUAUGGAAUGUCCACCAAAGCGACCUUGCUUGACCAAGUGGUAAAGCCGCAGAUGUUUAGUAUUGGGUCAUAACGCAGAUAAGAUGCGGAAUCGCGACAUUAGACUUAGCCAGUUUUUUAAAAAGAAACCACGUACCGCGCUGAGAUGACUUAUUUUUUAUCGAUGCGAUGCAAGUUGGAAUUAAUGAAGUACUAUAACACCAUGGCUGGUUAUCUCAGAUGGCAUGGUUGUUGUUGAAUCCUGUCUGAAGAGGAACAUGAUUAUUUUCUCUUGAAAUGUCAACAACCGUUAUAGUACGUUUUUCCUAAAGAUAUCCAGCUGGUUUUGUAUUGAUAUUUAUACAAAUGAAAUGAAAGGAACUAAUAUCACUGAAAAUCAUCUUUUUAAUAGCUUGGGUUGGUUCCAUCAGCCUGGCCAUGGUUUGGUUUGCCAGUUUGCCGGCCGGAUACCUGUGCGAUCACUUUGGAUGUCGUAAAACGUGUUUUUUAGGAGGAUUGCUAUGCGUGACAGGUCUGGUAGCAACUUCCUUCGCCAAUAGCCUGAGUCUAAUGUAUUCUACCUAUGGUUUGGUGUACGGCUUGGGAGCGUGCUUCAUAUAUAACUCUAACUACUUGGUAGUUGGAAAAUAUUUCAAUGAAAAACUCUCAUUAGCUGUUGGUAUAACAGCUUUGGGGUCGAGUGUGGGUGUCCUUUACACAAGCCCGUUACUUCAGGUUCUUUUGGAUGCGUUUGGAUGGAGAAACACCUUUAGAAUAAUGACGGUAACCUUCGCUCUUGUUUGCAUUUUGAGUUUGAAUUUCAAUCCAAACGUAGUUGAAACAACGAUGGUGAAGGAGGUGAAAGCAGAAGCGCUGAACAUGGGGCAAAAAGCAGGAAUUAAAGGCAGCAUCUCCUCUUAUUGCAGCGUGUGGACAUUUCCUGUUUUCACUUUCGUCGUCAUUUCUUUGAUGGUGGGAUCUUUUGGAAUGUACACUCCUUACAUCAAUCUGGUUAGAAUACAACUGUCUAUAAUAUAGCUCAUACCAAUAAUCUAGAUAUUCUCUAUUGCUAAUACUUCUGACGCUGAAAAAAGAUGAAAAAAGAUUUUUUUUGUGUUUCAUAACUGUUUUAAAACUGCACCAUAUGUGAGGUCUUGAGAAUGGUUUGAGUCUCGUAACGAUUGGCUCUGCCAAAAACGUUGAGCUGGCCAGGAACGUGAGAUCAGUCAAUCAAUUGCAAAGAUUUAUAAUUCUAUCUGGUUGAGAUGCUUCAAAUACGACAGAACUACCAAAUUAAGCCAAAUCCGGGUCGAUUCCGAAAAAUCAUAUAUCAGACGUCACCUUCACAAUCUUUGAGAAGAGACAACUUGAAACCACUUUGGGUUUUUGUACCAAAAUUACCCCAUUAUUAUGGCAGCCGUAUCCUCAAAAUUGAACAACAAAUAAUGCCACCAUGCAGUUGCUUCAAAGAUCUUCAAAUUUAGAUGUGAUGAUAUGACUAACUCCUGUGUUGCCUCAUUUUCAUGCUGUGUCCUUCAUUAGCGAUUUUAUAACAAGGCACAUAUCUUAACUUUAACCAGGUCAAGUACUGUGAUGAUCUUGGUAUCACGGCGCAAAGUGCCUCUCGACUGUUCAUCUUCAACGGCCUUACCUCAUCUCUUGCGCGGAUUCUGUCCGGAAAACUGUGUAACAAUCCAAAGAUCAACCCAGUAUUUGUUUAUCAGUCAUCGCUGUUUAUCGGCGGUGUAUGUGUGCUCCUGUUACCUAUGGCAACUAAAUACUGGGCCUUGGUUGUAUUUAGCUGUGCUUUUGGAAUAAGUGAUGGAAUUUUCAUAACCACGCAAUGUUACAUCUUGCUUAGCUGUGUGGAUAAAGAGAGAGCCACAGCUUCAUUUUGUAUCCUUAGCGUGCUUUGUUCAUUUUCGGUGGCUACCGGUGGACCUAUUGCUGGUAAGAUAGUCCCUACAUGACAAAAAAAUUCCGUCACAUCGUUAUGAAAGGGGCUUAUCCUUUUAGAGCUUUGUUUUGAAAUGCGUUAUCUUGAUUUCUCUUGUGAUAUUUUCCACAGGUUUGAUGGCAGACCAAGAUGGGAACUAUGUAAAUUCGUUUUACAUGACCGGCGGGGUUCUGAUGUUUGCAUUUGUUAUUCCUUUCGGAUUGAUUUUUAUCAAGCGGAGAAGGUUUCUAGUCAGUCCAAUAGUAUCACCAGAAAUGACUGACUUGGAAGCAAGGAAAAACUAUUCCAAGCCUUAA